AUGCCAGGGCUGAUUAACCGGGUCACCCUCUCCCGGCUGCCCCUCAUCGCGUCCGAGGUGACAUCCUGCGUCAGCGGCUACGCCUUUGGGAUGACAGCCCUGCUCACCUACCACAACCCAGACCCCCAGGCUUUGGAAGGUCUCUUUGUGUACCCCUUGGAUGAGGGCACGACUGUGGUGGGCUUCGAGGCGGCCGUGUCCCGGCGCACCGUGACAGUGCAGAUCAAAGACAAAGCCAAGAUAGAUGACACCUACUUGGACAGCUGCAGCCUCCCUCCUGGAAGAGCUGCUGAUGGAAAUGGUGAGGGGGUUGAGGGUCAUUUUCCAUGGCUGCAAUACCUGGCAUGCUCCAAUCUCUGUGCAGGAAGGAUUAUGAUGGAUGAGGACCUGGAGAGGAUUGUUUUUGUGGCCAACCUGGGCAUGAUUCCUCCCCUGGAAAGUGUCUCCAUCUUCAUCAGCACCUCCUCUGAGCUUCAGACACUGCCCAGCGGGGUUGUGAGGGUCCUUCUGCCAGCUGUGUGUGUCCCCAGGGUCCCCCAGCCCAGCCUGGAGAACACCAGCAGCUUUUCCAGCCACCAGCUCCGAACGGACAAGCACCUCUGUGGAUCAGGGAGCCCAGAGCAAGGGAGCAGGUUCUGCCUGGCUCAGCUGCUGGAGAGUGAGGCCACCAACCCCUUUGAGUACGAGUUCAGCUUCCACCUGGAGAUCCGGGGGCCGUGUUUGCUGGCAGGAGUUGAGAGCCCCACACACGAGAUCCGAGCUGACGCCGACCCCGCGGCUCGCUCUGCCAGGAGCAUCGUGAUCACGCUGGCCAACAAACACACCUUCGACAGACCUGUGGAGAUCCUGAUCCAUCCAAGUGAGCCCCACAUGCCCCACAUCUUAAUGGAAGAAGGUGACAUGACCCCUGCAGAGUACGAGCGACACCUGAAGGGGAAGAACGAUUUCAUUAAAGGCACUAAGAAAGACCCCAGUGCCAAGAAAAAGACGGAAAUCAUCAGGAAGAGGCUGAACAAGGACAUCCCACACCACCCUGUCAUCAUGCUCAACUUCUGCCCUGACUUGAGGGCUGUGCAGCCAGGCCUCCGGAAAGGCCAGGGAGAGUUUAUCUUCCUGGUAGAGCGCAGCAGCAGCAUGAGUGGUGUGAGCAUCAGCCGUGCCAAGGAUGCCCUGUUGGUCAUUCUCAAGAGCCUGAUGCCAGCGUGCCUCUUCAACAUCAUUGGGUUUGGAUCCACCUUCAAGACCCUCUUUCCUGUCAGCCAGGCCUACUGUGAGGAGAGCCUGGCCAUGGCCUGCCAGAGCAUCAGGAGGAUCCAGGCUGAUAUGGGCAGCACCAACCUCUUCUCCCCACUGAAAUGGGUCACUCGCCAGCCCAUCCACAGGGGCCACCCCCGGCUGCUCUUCCUGCUGACGGCCGGGGCCAUCAGCAACCCGGGGAAGGUUCUGGAGCUGCUGCGGGACCACUCCUGCUCCACCAGGUGCUACAGCUUCGGUGUUGGGCCAAAUGCCUGCAGGAGGCUGGUCCAGGGCCUGGCUGCCGUGUCCAGGGGUGUCUCCGAGUUCCUGGCGGAGGGAGAGAGGCUGCAGCCCAAGAUGAUCAGCUCGCUGAAGAAGGCGAUGGCACCGGUCCUGAGUGAUGUGUCUGUGGAGUGGGUCUUUCCUGAGAGCACUGAGGCCUUGGUGUCCCCUGUCAGCAGCAGCUGCCUGUUCCCUGGUGACCGCCUGCUCAGCUACGGGGUCAUCUGCGACACCUCCCCGUACAUCUCCAACCCCAGAUCUGACAAGAGGCGGCGGUACAGCAUGAUGCAUUCCCAGGAGUCGGGCAGCUCUGUUUUCUUUCACUCCCAGGAGGAGGGAGCAGGCUUGGAGAGCUGGAAUCACUCCAGAGACUCGGAGGAGCGCUCCCCCGAGCACCUGGGCGUGGGCAGAGAUCCUGGGGGAGAGUCGGACACGGACACGGGAAGGGAUGUGAAGGCUCUGGCCAGGAGAAGGGCGUACAGCACCACCCAAAUCUCCGACCGUGAGCCUCGCAGGAAGGCGCCCACAGCCAGCGAUCCUGGCACUGCCCUGCUGAAAAACCCCCUCCGAAAAAGCCACCUGCAGGACCUGCAGCAGCUCAGCCCCGAGCCCUGGCAGCUGCAUUUCCAGCCCCUCCCGGCCAUCCCUCAUGGCUCUGCCUCCAGGAUCCGUGGUGCAGGCGCCCGGCGCCCAGCCCUGCUCCAGCACAGCUGUGUGUCCUUCUGCCAUGAUCCCAACUCCCCAGCACUGCCAGAAGGGCUGCAGGAAGCCCCAGCAAGGGGAUUGGAAGCCCUGGAUGCCAUCUCGAGCCUGCGCUCCUCAUCGGACAGCCGGAGCCCCGGGGAUUUGGAGUCUGCCCAGCAUCCAUCCCUCACCUUUGAGACAGAGACCUCCUCCGACUGGGAGCCCCAGGACCUGGAUAUCAGCGCUGCCUGCAGCUCCCCGAGCUCCCCCAGGACCCUCUGCAAGGCAGUGGUGAAAGGGCUGAGGAACAACGAGCCCGUGCAGUGGGAGGUCACAUUUGAUAUCCACGCUCUGUUCCGGGAGCGGGAGAGCCGGGAGGAUGGUGACACAGACCUGUGGAGUGAGACCUUCCACCACCUGGCAGCCAAGUCACUCAUCCAGGAUUUCGAGCAGCUCGCCGAGAGGGAGUGUGAAAUCGAGCAUGGGUCUGGGCGCCGCUUCCAGCUCAACGCUGUCCACACCAGCAAGGCCUGUAAUGUCAUCAGCAAGUACACAGCCUUCGUGCCUGUGGACCUCAGCACCAGCUCCUACCUGCCCACCCUGCUCCAGUACACACACACAGGGGCAACAUCCAAGCAGGGCAACCAGGGGAAACAGAAGAGUUCAGGAAACAGAAGGCAUCGUGGCUGUUCCCCUGGACAUCCUCAGUCAGCCUGUGGCCAGAAUGGAGACUACAGAUUUUACAGCAUGAAUGCUGAGGAGAGAAGCCCCUCACCCUCCAGCACCCCUUCCUCAUCUGCCUGGGAGCGCUGCCGUGGCCCUGAAGGGCCGCUCCACAGCCUGUCUGCUUCCUCUGCCCAAGCCCAAAAAUCCAUCGAGAGGCUCUUUGCUGCCAGGCUGACCCUCAAUAAAACCAUGCUGCUGGUUCGAGCUGCCAAAGGCUUCAUGAGUAAAUCUCCGAGCAGAGGGAGCGAAGCCAGCUCUGAGGGUGACAAUGAGAGCAUGGACUACCUUCCCCUGGUGUCCCUGCAGCUGGCCUGCGGUGCCUUCCUCCUGAAUUCAUCCUUCUGCGACGCCGUCAGCAUCCCCAUGGAGAAGCUGAAGUGGACAUCGCCCUUCGCCUGCCACCGCCUGUCCCUCAGCCCCUCGGGCUCCUACAGCAGCAAGAGGAGCAAUCCCUCCUCGGAGCACAAAGCCCUGAACUCCAGCCAGCAGCUGCAGCUCCCCAAGGGCCAGGGGAAGGGUCCCACUGCCGCAGACACUCGGGGAGCAGCGCUGGGGAGCACCGGCCGCCCUCGGCACUCGUCGGGCAGCGCGGCCGAGAGCAUCUCCAGAGCCCUGAGAGCCCAGAGGGAUCUGUCCCCUCCUGCCAUCACCAUCCGCAGCUUCUCCUCCCCUGCCGAGUGCCAGGCUGCCGCUGCCUGGGGCUGGGACAGCGGCGGCUCCGAGCUGCAGGAUCUGCUCUGCGAGGCGCAGCUGCAGCAGCAGACGGAGCCCGAGGGGAUGCUCUGGGCCACGGCUGUGGCUCUGGCCUGGCUGGAGCACAGCUCAGCUUCCUAUUUCAUCGAGUGGGAGCUGGUGGCUGCCAAAGCCAGCCUGUGGCUGAGCAGGCAGGACUUCCCGCAGGGAUCCAGCCUGGCCGCCGUGAAAGCCGCAGCCCAGCAGCUCUUUGUGCUGCUCCGGCACUGGGAUGAAAAGCUGGAGUUCAACCUGCUGUGCUACAACCCAGGCAGCGUGUAAGAGCAGGAGGAGGAGGAGGAGGAAGCUUGGGUGGGUUAGUGAGGGCACAGGAGCAGGGAUUUAUCCUUAAGGGAAUGUCUCCAAGGAGCUGAACUCCUCUGCUGCAGGGAUGUGUGUGUUUAUCAGAGCAAACUCUGCAAACAGAGCAGCCUGGCCAAAAUCCUGCACUCAGCAGUCGGGAUUUUGCCCUGGGAGGGAACCUUCCACUGCCUGCAGUAGAUGCUUUUUAUUUUCAACUGGAGCAGCACUUCCAGCUACAGCAGUUCCCUCUGAUCCUGGUUUCUUCUGGUCUCAGCCCAAUUUCCAGAGCAGAUCUUCUGCCCUGCUCCACUUGCUCUGUCCUUGUUUAGAUGCCUCUUCCCAGCCCUGAAUCACUGCCAAGCCCCCACUGCAGCCCCUCAGCCCAGGAUCUCUGCUUUCCUGAGGCUCCUGCCUGGCUCCUGCCAUCUCAGAUGGCUUUCAGAGAAGGCAAAGGUCUGACAAAACGCUCAUCUCAUGGAUCAAAGGGAAUCUGGGCUGGCAAUGAGCACGUGAAGAGCAGCCCCUCUGUCCCAGCCAGGCGGAUUGAGCCCAGCCACGCACAAACAAACCGAGCCAGUUGGAGGCUGGGACCAAACCCCGUCACAUCCACACGGUGCUGGGCUCCCUCAGGCCCUCUGCAAUCCCAGCAGGAGUUUGUGAGAUCCCUUGCAGCCAACGUGUGCCUUUGGAGCUUCACAGGCAGAGCCAGGGUGCCCAGGAUUGAGGGAUCAAGUGCCUACAGAGGGGCUUCUGGAACCCGCUGCCUUUUGCUCCCUCCCUUGGCAUGUAGCAGCCUUGCCUGUCCCAGCAGGCUUCUGUCUCGUGUCUGUGUGUCUGGGGGUGACACAGGAGGGAAACCAGUGCUGGGGACCAUGAGGGGUCUCUGCUCUCUGCUCCGGUGUCACCUCUCUGAGG